AUGUCUCACCGUUUCAUGAUUCUCGGCGGUCAAUAUUCACCCACGCCGACACCGCCAGAACCAACGCCGGACGACCACUACGUAAUCUAUAGCUCUCAGUUCUUUCUCUUCGUCGGCCUUGUCAUCAUCUUGUUUUUCUUACUUUGCCUUAUCGCCCUCAACGCCGCCGCUCGCUGCACCUGCUUCCGCUGGUUUUCCGGCAACACCGUUACAAACACCCAGAACGAUCACUUCUCGCUACCGGCUUCCAAGCUUCUGAGAAGCAUUCCGAAGCUCACGUACUCCGGCGAUUCCAUGACCGAGAGAUUCUCCGAUUGCGCCAUCUGCCUGACGGAAUUUGUUGUCGGAGACGAGACGACAAGGUGUGAUAGAUGCAAUGAGGUGCCGGUUGCCGGAGUGACUGGAGCUCAAUCUACGGCGGCGGAAAUGACGAGUGUUACGAUUGACAGCGUUACCUUCAUUGGAUUUAAAGAUCUAGUUUUGGCGAUGGGGGAGGUGGCGUUCAUAUCUCUGUUCGGUGACGGUGGUGGCAGCGUUUGUAUCUCCAAUCGAUGGUAG